UCACUCUUUCCCCUGCAAAAAGGCAGAGAGGAGAGAGCGGUGAGACGGAGAGGUUGUUUCUCAAGGAGCUCCAGCUCCUCCGCUCGCGUGUGCGCGAGGCAACUCCGAAGCCAAGGAAGCCAGAGGGUUUGGGGCGCUGGGAAGGCGAGGCAAAAGAAGGACCAAGACCAGGAGGACGAAGAGUUGCUGCAAGCAGCAAGAACCAGGACCAGGGCAAGCGGCGUGGUUCGGGAGACCCGCCGACACACUUCGCCGGGGAGAUGCAGCACUCCGAAGGCGGCAACCCCGCCUCUUCCCGCGAAGAAACAUCACCAGAGCCUGGAGCGCGGGACUCCCCAACCACCCCGCCUGGGCACGAGAAGGACUCGCGCCCCCAGCGCCGUCAGCGUCGCCGCCGCCGCCGCCGCCAGCAGCACCACCAGCAGCAGCAGCAGCAGCAGCCCGGCAACAUGAGCACUUCCGGUUUCACUUCCCCCAACCCCUCAGCAGCAGCAGCUCAGGAGGUCAGACCCGCCACUGAUGGUAGUAGCAGCAGCAGCAGCAGUGGUGGGGGCGGCGGCGGCGCCUCGUCUUCUUCCAAGAAAAGAAAGCUAAAUAGUAAUAGCAGCAGCACUGAUAGAGAAGAGGUUGAAUCCAUCACCUCCUGCUCCUCCGUUCUUCCCAGAAAUAACUCUUCCACAUCCUCUAUCGCUGCUACUACCACCACCAUCACCACCACCGCCACCCCUGCCACCUCUGCCUCCUGUUCCUCCUCAUCAGGAGUUGCCUCUUCCAACCAUUACCUGCAGAAGAAGUUGCGCUUUGAGGACUCCUUGGAUUUUUUUGGACUUGAUGCGAAGAUGGCUGAAGAGUCUUCCUCCUCCUCUUCCUCCUCGUCACCUGCUGCCUCUUCUCAGCAGCACCAGCAGCAGCAGCAGUUCAAAAACAAAAGCCUCUUAAUUUCCUCAGCUGUGGGACACCACGCAAAUGGCCUGACCAAAGCUGCCUCUUCCACUGUCUCCAGUUUUGCCAACAGUAAACCUGGGUCAGCCAAGAAGUUAGUGAUCAAGAACUUUAAAGAUAAACCUAAACUGCCUGAAAAUUACACAGAUGAAACCUGGCAAAAACUGAAGGAAGCUGUAGAAGCUAUUCAGAACAGUACUUCAAUUAAGUACAACUUAGAAGAGCUCUAUCAGGCUGUUGAAAAUCUCUGCUCAUAUAAGAUUUCUGCAAAUUUGUACAAGCAGUUAAGACAGAUUUGUGAAGACCAUAUCAAAGCACAGAUCCAUCAGUUCAGAGAGGAUUCAUUGGACAGUGUUCUUUUUCUCAAGAAAAUAGACAAAUGUUGGCAAGACCACUGCAGACAAAUGAUAAUGAUUAGAAGUAUCUUUUUGUUCCUGGAUCGAACAUAUGUUCUUCAAAAUUCAAUGCUGCCAUCAAUUUGGGAUAUGGGGCUAGAAUUGUUUAGGACUCAUAUAAUUAGCGAUCAGAAGGUCCAAAACAAGACCAUUGAUGGCAUCCUUCUGUUGGUUGAGCGAGAGAGGAGCGGUGAGGCUAUUGACAGGAGCCUUCUUCGCAGCCUUCUCAGCAUGCUUUCAGAUCUUCAGAUUUACCAGGAUUCUUUUGAACAUAGAUUCUUAGAAGAAACAAAUCGCCUGUAUGCAGCGGAAGGACAGAGGCUUAUGCAAGAAAGAGAGGUUCCAGAGUACCUCCAUCAUGUCAACAAACGCUUGGAAGAAGAAGCAGACAGGAUUAUCACCUACUUGGAUCAAAGCACUCAGAAACCACUAAUUGCUACUGUAGAAAAGCAGCUGCUAGGUGAACAUUUAACAGCCAUUCUACAGAAAGGUUUAAAUCACCUUUUGGAUGAAAAUCGAAUUCAGGAUUUGUCUCUAUUGUAUCAGUUGUUCAGUAGGGUGAAAAAUGGAGUGCAAGCUCUCUUGCAGCAAUGGAUUGAAUAUAUAAAGGCAUUCGGCAGCACCAUAGUAAUCAAUCCAGAAAAAGACAAAACCAUGGUACAAGAGCUACUAGACUUCAAGGAUAAAGUUGAUCAUAUAAUUGACAUUUGCUUUUUGAAGAACGAGAAGUUUGUUAAUGCCAUGAAAGAAGCCUUUGAGACCUUCAUCAACAAAAGACCAAAUAAACCAGCUGAGCUUAUAGCUAAGUAUGUGGAUUCAAAGCUUCGUGCAGGUAACAAAGAGGCUACUGAUGAAGAGCUCGAAAAGAUGUUGGAUAAAAUUAUGAUUAUAUUUAGGUUUAUUUAUGGAAAAGAUGUUUUUGAGGCCUUUUACAAAAAAGAUUUAGCAAAGCGGCUAUUAGUCGGCAAAAGUGCAUCAGUCGAUGCUGAAAAAUCUAUGCUUUCCAAGCUCAAACAUGAAUGUGGAGCUGCUUUCACCAGUAAACUUGAAGGAAUGUUUAAAGACAUGGAGCUUUCUAAAGACAUCAUGAUACAGUUUAAGCAGUAUAUGCAAAAUCAGAAUGUACCUGGUAACAUUGAACUCACCGUGAACAUCUUGACUAUGGGUUAUUGGCCAACCUAUGUGCCUAUGGAGGUGCACUUGCCACCAGAGAUGGUGAAACUGCAAGAGAUAUUCAAGACAUUUUAUCUGGGAAAGCACAGUGGCAGAAAACUUCAGUGGCAAUCAACAUUAGGACACUGUGUACUCAAAGCAGAAUUUAAAGAGGGGAAAAAGGAGCUGCAGGUUUCAUUAUUCCAGACUUUAGUGCUGCUUAUGUUUAACGAAGGUGAAGAAUUCAGUUUAGAGGAGAUAAAACAAGCUACUGGAAUAGAGGAUGGAGAGCUCCGACGAACCCUCCAGUCACUAGCCUGUGGCAAGGCCAGAGUGCUAACAAAAAGCCCCAAAGGCAAAGAUGUGGAAGAUGGUGACAAAUUUACCUGCAAUGAUGACUUCAGGCAUAAGCUAUUCAGGAUAAAAAUCAAUCAGAUCCAGAUGAAAGAAACGGUGGAAGAACAAGCAAGCACUACAGAGAGAGUCUUUCAGGAUCGUCAGUACCAAAUUGAUGCUGCAAUUGUGAGAAUCAUGAAAAUGCGCAAGACUUUGAGCCACAAUCUGCUCGUGUCUGAAGUAUACAACCAGCUUAAAUUCCCAGUAAAGCCUGCGGACCUUAAGAAGAGAAUAGAGUCGUUGAUUGACAGAGACUACAUGGAAAGAGACAAGGAGAACCCGAACCAGUACAACUACAUUGCAUAAACACACAAUGGGCCUUUCUUUCUUUCUUUCCUUUUCUGCACACUUGAUGUUCUACUUGGUUGCUGAUGGAUAAGCAAACCUGUUGAUCCCAUUAAAUUAACUUUUUCUACUACCAGUGGCUGAAUGGAAGCAACACAAGGGGUGGGGUGGGGGUAUAGUAGAGUGGGCAUUUCAAUUGAUUUUCACAUGCCCAUUUUGGUAUUUACAUUUUCAGAAGAAUGCUGUUGAACUCUUCGCAUGAUAUUCAGUAUGGUGUGCAGAAAACUGUAUGGAAGUAUCUGGUCUUUGUGGUUCCAUUGGGUCCUUGGUCUAAAGGGAAGCCCUUUUUAAGGGUUUGAUAAUAAACAGCCAAAGUAUUGAUUUCACUAUCACUCUGAAUAACAAAGGCCAAUCUCAUGUUCACCCAAGUUUUUAUUUCUUUGGAAAUAAAAUUACACUCCUGUGAAUGCACUUGUAAGGCUGAUACUGUUCGUUGUUGUGGCACCCCCAUGCUUGGAUUUGUGCAACCUUGGAAGUGCAGGGGUUAAAACUACUGAUGCUCCCUUUGCUCGUUGCCUUCAAACAAAUAAAAAACAUUAUUAAUGUAUUUUAGUAUUCGUAAAAUACAUUUUUUUAGUAUUGCAAAGAAGAAAAUGUUAACACUGUGUACUCAGAAAUUAAUAAUACCACAGUUGUUGGUUUGGGAUUCCCUCUGUCUUUACGUAAGCACUACAAGAACAAAAAGCAGGGGGUUUCAUCCUUUGCAGAAUCCUAUGGGGCUUCCUAUUGGGCCAGGAAUCUAGAUGGCUUUUUUGUAGAGAUGCAUCUAAUGUCAGUUGCAUUGUGCCUUGAAUCAAUCUGCCAGGCUUCCCAGGCUCUCCUUAACUGUAUAGCUGCAAAGAAUCUAGAAAGCUAGUCUUCAAGUAUUGCACAACCCUCAGAAGAUACCAGGAAGUUGGGAAAGGCAACAAGGGCAUUGAAGCCUCUUUCUGACUUUGGAACAACCUUCACCCCUCCAAAAAAACCUUUAUACCCACGAAUGGGUCAACAUUAGCUUGGCUGCAGGGAUGGGGGAAUAAUCAUAUCCUCGACCUUCUUUUGUGUGUUACAUUGUUUUUGAAGCUCAACUUUUCUGAAUGUUGUUUGUUAAAUUUGUUUUUGUUCUCAUGGUUUCUCUUCAGGCUUCUGUUGAGAGUGCUCCUGUUUAACAAAAGCUGAGCGAUUCUAUACUGAGCAUGACACAGUAUUGAUAACAGUUACAGCUCACCAGAGCUGACUUCCCAAAGCUCCCCACAACUACUUAAGCCAGAAAAUCUUUUGAUGGCUUAUCUUCAGAUUCUGCCCUGGUCACCUAGGAAAGGGCAAUGCUUGCAGCAAAACAGACCCGUUUCAAGUAUGAGAGCCUGCCAUUUACAGAGUAAUAUUGCUAGAUCAAGUGAGGUUUGGGAAAUCUUGGGGAGACGGUAACUAAGAAUUCAUCACAGGAUGUGCUUUUAAAGAUUGUUCUGCGUCAGCUGCAGGAUGCCUCUUCUGCUGUUGCCAUACUUGCUCCACUUAUAUGUGAUGUUUCUCAAAAGUGUCCCCCAGAAUGAGCAUUAUUUAUAGAAAAUAAACUUGGGAGGAGUUCACAAUGGGGGGUGGAUGGAAAUGAAAGCUGCUGUACAAUUUGGUGUGCCUGAUACAAAUUUGUGAUUUGAAUGCCUUUUGGGGAAGGAAAUAAUUCCUUUUAAAAGAUGAAUUUCAACUAGAGCAAACUCUUAUCUGGGGUAAGUUCUUUGGAAACUGCACCUUAAUCCUAUUCUGAAAUGUGCCCAAAAUUGUGAUUGUGAUCCAUUCAAUUGUCACAUUUCUGCAAAAAACAUUUUCCAGAAGCAGUGUGUUAAAAUAUGAACAAAUAAGAAAACUAACAAACUAUGCCUUUGCUUCACAUUUUUCCCCCCAAUGAGCAUUACUAAAUUACUAAGUCACUUUCCCUAUCUUCCUGUAAUUGAUAUUGAGCUAUGGCAAAAACUACUUUCCAGCCAUAUUCUCCAGCAACCUUUUUCUUUUUCCUGUUUUUUGCUGGAAUCAUGUGCCUGCUUUAUUGAGCCAUAAAGAUAUUUAUAAUAGAUAUAUAUAAAUACAUUUUCUUGCAGUGGAGUUAGACUGUGACCCAAACAGUCUGUCUGGCCAGACAUUUUCAGAUCUUCCUCUGUUGUGUGCAGUUCAAAGCAGUUGCAUUUCUUUUAAAAACUGCAAAUUUAUUCUGACAAAUAUUUUUGUUUGGGGGAUUUGUAAAAAAAAAAAAACUUUAUACCCUACAAAAUGAAUUAUUUUUUCUUUCUUUCUGAUUUAAAUACAUGUUAAAGAAAACCGUGACCAUUUUGUUUCAAAACUAAUGGCAAAUGUGUUGUAAAGAUUGUUUUGUUCUCUAGCUUACAAAAAGGUGCCAAAGUAUAUAUGGUAAACUUUUUAAAAAGUAGAAUUUAAAAAAACUUACGUUAGCUAUGGUUUUACUUUCCUGAUCUCUUUCAGAUGCUUAUUUUUCUGUUUGUGUGUAUAUAUAUGUGUGUCCUGGUCUCUUAACUUUUCCAAAGCAGAGCAUCUGUCGUAACUUUCUUUUUAAGUCAAAAUGUUUUUGGUUUUGUGCAUUCUUAAAGUAUCACUUUCAUUUUUGAGCAUUUCCUCCUUUAAAACAAAGUUCUAAGAGUACAGCAGCAUUCAAAAAUGUAAUAUACUUUUUGUAUAAAGAAGUUAUUCAGAAGAAUACCUUUGGAGUUGGGUUGUGGGAGGAGGCACACAUUUGUGGGAGGGAGAAAUAACCUGUUCCUUCAAAAAAAAUGUUCUACAUACACAGGUCUGCAAAUGGGGCAUUGCAUCCUUCAGUGCAAAAAAAAAAAGAGUGAAAAUUUCAAAGUCAGUGGAUGGGUACAGCAAGUCUUUCCUUUGGUAAAUAAUGUAAAUAUGUGUCCUUUAAAAAGAGUGAGUCUGUUAUCUAGGUAUUUUGUGUCAUUUAAUAAAUAAUAAACAGUUUUGUGUUGCUAAACUC